GGAGGAGACUUGGGAGAUUUCAGACAGGAAUAGGAGCAGAGGAGCAAUUGAAAAACAGCUGUCCGGCAGACGUCGCAGUCAACUGAAGUGCAGCCCUGAGGCAGAGACAGGAGGCAGGACGGUGUCAACGCGCCUUAAAGACAAGCCACCGAACACACACACACACUCACAGCACAGAGUGCAGGGAUCAGGAGCUGAGGCACCACCGUGAAAGAUUAUCCACAUCAAAAGACAUCGACUGGAAUCCUCCGCUCAAUCCUGGCUGCAGCUGUUGAAAAGCAUGUGUGAUACCUGCAUGGCCGACGGGAUAUUGAGAAUGUAACUCCAGCCUCUCCUCUGGGAUCUCUAACAUCCACAAGUUCUAGAGCAACUUCAGCUUUUGUCGGAGUCCUGCAGUCACAGCCAUGCCAGCGAAAGCUCCAAUUUACCUGAAACACACCAACACUAAGAAGGGGAAGAAAUGUCGCCUUCGAGACAUUUUGUCACCGGACCUGAUCAGUCCGCCACUUGGCGAUUUUCGACACACUAUUCACAUAGGUAGAGGGGGACAGAGAGAUGCCUUUGGGGACAUGUCCUUCCUCCAGGGGAAAUAUGAACUCUUACCAGGGAAGGGGGAACCUCAGUAUGGCGUCCAAAGUGAGUUCCUGCGAGCAAACAGUACAGGUGAUGCUUUAUAUGUGGAGACCCCAUCUCCUGUCCUCAAAAACGCCAUCUCCCUCCCAACGAUCGGUGGCUGUCAGGCACUGACCCUCCCACUCGUUUCCUCCACUGUCUUCUCAAUACCUCCUGAGCCGCUGGGGGACAUAACGGGCUCUACAACGGGCUCUACAACGGGCUCUACACUGCCCCAGAAAACUGACAGUGUUGAGGAUGUGGAGAUUGUGCAGAUUGACACUUUGUUGCAUCCUACUGACAACUUCAGCAGCAAGGCUCCACGUGUUCCACCGAAACCUGGCUCUAAAACGUGGUCUACAAUGGGGUCUACACUACCCCAGAAAACUGACAGUGUUGAGGACGUGGAGAUUGUGCAGAUUGACACUUUGUUGCAUCCUACUGACAACUUCAGCAGCAAGGCUCCACGUGUUCCACCGAAACCUGGCCCUAAAACGUGGUCUACAAGGGGGUCUACACUGCCCCAGAAAACUGACAGUGUUGAGGACGUGGAGAUUGUGCAGAUUGACACUUUGUUGCAUCCUACUGACAACUUCAGCAGCAAGGCUCCACGUGUUCCACCGAAACCUUCCUCUACAACGUGGUCUACAAUGGGGUCUACACUGCCCCAGAAAACUGACAUUGUUGAGGACAUGGAGAUCAUGCAGAUGGACACUUUGUUGCAUCCCACUGACAACUUCAGCAGCAAGGCUCCACAUGUUCCACGGAAACCUGACGUCCUUCUGGACCUCCUGCAGAAGACGACAAAGCCCAACUCUAAACUCAACUCAGUCACCAAAGCUAACAUCGCGAACAAACGAGUAAGUAGGAUUGAGAAGCCAUCUUGCUAUUACAUCCACGGUCAUAGUAACACUAACUACAUAGCUAACGGAAGCCUUCACAGCAAUGCAAGCAGCGACAGCUUUGAAAGUUUUUAUACAAAAGAGGACGAUAAGACCAAAAUCUACAAUGACAAAGUUUAUAUCCAUAACAAGAGCAAAGUUUUUGGACAUUUUACCAAUGACAUUAACUUGGAGUUCAAGGCGCAGGCGCUCUCCAAGUGCAAUGGAGACUGGGUGGACAGAGACAGCGGUGUGGAGGAGGGACGCAUCUGUGAUUUUGACUUGGACUUUUCCAAAGAGAAGAGCACAUCACAGGAGUCGCUCACUCGGAUCACAGACUCACUGCUCUCCCUUGAACUUGAUCUGGGUCCAUCCAUCAUGGAUGAUGUGCUCAACAUAAUGGAUAAACCCGCAGUGAAGAGCAGGCCUUGAGCUGCACUGAGGGGUAAAGGGACUGAUCACAUUAUCAAACUUCAGGCAUCAGGAGAGAAAGGACUCAAAAUGGGAAGAUGGCAGAAUCAGGAUACAGCAUUUAAAUGAGAGACGUUAGAGCUCUCUAUGUUUUUAUUAUCAAAACAUAUAACUAUUCUGGUUUCUAUGGAGUGUUCUUGUGCUUGUUUAUUUUUGGCCAUGCCGGCAUGUUCAUAUGCAUGUACUGUAGUUACUCUAAUGUGCCUUUAAUUAUCAUAUUGUUGUAAAUAUUAUCCUUAAGAGGCGUUCACACAUCACCGUUUCAUGGCAUUUCUCAAAUCACCGCGAACCACACGUCCCAACGAUGGAUGAGAAAGGCUCUUCUUUCUCAUCAUGGCACAAAUGCGGAUUGGUGCGGUAGAAACGCCGAUUUUUCCUAAAAUGUGGCGCAGUCCUCUACCCUCUACUCCGCAUCAACAACAGUGCUACCGUGCUAGAACAUGAGAGAAACAUAGAAAUAUAAUAACUAUUUGUGGCAGCAUCCGACAAAGUUAUGUGUUUCACUUUUGCAUCUCAUUGCUCAUAAUUGUGGUGCGUUCCAGGAACCCUGAACAGAUUUUCCCCCUCGGCCAUCGGACUCAUGACCAAUAACAAGAUCUAAUAGCUCAGUUACAGCUCAUUUUUAUUCCUAUUCUGUGUUAUGUGUUCUAUGUUGCACGAUUGCACCAAGAAAAAUUCCCAUAUAUAAAUCCCAAUAUAAUAAUGUACUAUGAUUAUUAUUAUCCACUAACGGUAAUCGUACAUGAAUCAGCUAAUCUCUACAUUAUGAAGUAAAAGGAAACUUGACAGAUUUGUAAUCAAAUUUAAGUGAAUAAUGGACAUAUUUUGGCUACUUCUUAGUACAUUUGUCAGAACUGAUUUAUUAAAAAUAAGUCAAUAAUUUGUUUUGUUGUGACACAUUCAGAGCGUGCAUUGGUAGGGCGGUGACUUUAGGUUUAGGGUGGAAGCCCAACAGUAAGUCAAUCAUUUGUUUUGUUGUGCAUGUACACAAACAGAGUGUGUGUAUGUAGGGCGGUGACAUUAGGUUUAGGGUGAGGUGGGAACCCUUCAGGAGUCUAAUAAUAAUGAUAAAUAAGUAAUACCACUACACAAAGCCUAGGGCCUGUCCUGCAUGUCUGUGUUAAACACGAUAUUAUCCCAGAUCUUUCGGUGCAAACACGGAUCUUGCUGUUCUUUACAUGGCAAAAAACAAGGCAUUUUGAUCAUGGUCCAUUUCAAACCUCCAAGACUACUACAAAAAAUUGAACAUAGUUAAAGUUUUUGUCGGCCCCCAAAGGUUCUCAGGGUUCAUGACUAAUGAGUGACGGAUGACCAGGGUUUGUGUGUUGUGUUAACACGGUGUUUGGUGGAGCACGGCAAAUUGCCAAACCACCAUUUGAACCGGCGAUGUGUGAACGCCACUUUAUACGUCCUCUUUCAAGGACUUCCAUGCAAUAUUCAUUUUUUACACACAUUUGAGUGGCAGACACGGUUUGUGUUUGUUUUUUUGUGUGUUAUACAAAGCACUGUUAGGGUUUUGUCUCUUUAUUGACUUGGAAUUUUCUAUGACAGGACACAAUGCAUAAAUGUGUUUUGGAAAUGUAACACGAAUAAAAUGUUUUUGUUCGA